AUGGGGAAGUCCGCUGCAACCCUCGAUGCAGGCGCGAACCCCAGCUCGUCAGCCAGCUCCCCGUCAGCUCAAGCUGCCCCAGAUGGACCGCGAAACUUUGAGUUCGUCCUGGUCACGGAUUCCGAGUCCAGAAGACAGGUUCGACGUCAUGCGAUGCGCCAGUACGUUCACCAGCGGCGGCUCGACGGUAUAGCACGGCUUGAGUCGACACGCGUACAGGUUUCCGGCUGGUCAACAGGCAGCAACAAGGUGCAAGGCGAGGCCAGAAGCGUCUCGCCCAAGGUAGAGGAACUCGACGACGACAGUAACGAGCAAAAGGGACCCUGCCGGUCUCGCAGCCAGAAUAUACAGCGCAAAACUAGCCAGCGAGCAGCGGCUGUGGCGGCAACGACAGGCCAGAAAUCUACUAGGAACUCCGUAGGAGGCUCUCCGGCCGCCGGAUUUCCCAUAGUCGAUCCGAAGGCAGAGUCGCCGCUCGCUGCAUUCGAACCAUUCAACUGUCUUCCGCUGGUAUUGAAGGAAGCUGAUAAUAAACUAAUUGAUCACUAUGUGACCAAGUACCCAAUGAUGAUGUAUAAAAUGGAAAAUGCCCAGCAAGACAACCCUAUCCGAGCCAUAUUCCAUAACAUAGCGCUUCAUGACCCUGUCCCGUUUCAAGCCAUGCUGGCUGUUGCUGCAAAGCACAGGGCUGGCAUGGAGGGGCAGGUGGAGACCGUACAAUCCCUGACACACAAGAUGCGUGCGCUGAAACUCAUCAAGGAGCGACUAAAAAAUGAUGAUAUCGAUAAGGAAGAUGGCACUUUGUACGCAGUCGCUAGUCUGACUGUUAUUGAGGGAAUCAAACAGUUGAUCCGGAGGCGAGGAGGCAUGCAAGCAAUGCGGACGAGAAGUGCCACUGGUCCGUUCUUGGAAAAAGUCGUCUACUGGGUCGAUUUUUGCUGCGCUUCCAAUGCCAUCGUGGGUGCUGGCCUUCCCUGGACCGGCGAAAUACCUGAUGUACCCCCCAAGAAUCUCAGCUUCGUACCCCCGGAGGUUAUUCCUGUGAUUCCCGCAGAAGUCCCUGCAAGCGAAGACCCCGAUGACAUUCCCGACAUUCUUCAAGCAUGUGAGGAUUUUCUUGCAUUUUUCCGGUCCCUAGAUGACUUGGAAUGUGCAUUCUUAUACAAUCAGCCGCUGCCACCUUUAAGAUUGGACGGGUUGGAAAGCCCACAGAGGCCCUUUGAAGAGACUUCUCCACUUUAUACUCUUCUGGCUAACCUGCCAGAUUACGAUCAUGGUAUUCGCGAUGUUCGCUUUAUUGAUGAAUACACGUGCAUGGCCUGCUUAUUUUACCUGAACUUUGCGCUCCAUGACUACUACUUAAGCCAUAAAAACUUUGACGGCUAUCUGAACUGGGUGAAUAGUGCCAUCAGGGCGGUAAAUCCGCGUUCAAGUCCAAGCAUCGCCACACUCCUCUGGAUAUUCCUUAACAAUGGUGGAUUCAAAUAUAAUGAGAAGUCUGAUUCUGGGGAAAGAAACUGGCUAGUCUCUAGGAUGCUGCGUAUCGCAAAACGCCUGGAAUGGAAGCAGCACGGCAGCCUCUGGGACAAGCUACGUUCCACUAUGUUUCAAUUCUUGCUUACCCAAAGCCAAUGCGGCCUUGGACGGCCGUUUAUCAACGAGGUAGAGCUUAAUGCUCGUAAAGAAAGGUUAAGUCGCGGCAGACAGUUCAUAUGGGAUGAAGAUGAAAUGAGACAAAACAUCCUUGGAAGCCUAUAUACUGGACCUCCAAUCUUCGGACAACCGCCUGUUCCUGUCACCAUCUCCCCUAAUUAUCCUCAAGGCUCAGUUAUAGCCGACACUGCCAUUGGCCUUUAG